GGGUUCGUGCCCUCGCCUCCCGCGUCUCACACACGGGCGAGCGCGGCCCCAGCAGAACAGGAACGGCUCCGCCUCUCGCCGCCUAGCUCGCGGUCUCGCACCAUUUCCUUCGCUCCAAGAAAAGGCGCCGCCAUGGCCAUGGCGGCGCUGCGCGGGGCCUCCCGCUGCCUGGCGCCAAGGGGGAGCGCCGUGGCCGCGCGGCCCAUGCUCCUGGCGCACUCGCGCGGAAUCACCUACAAGCUCUUCAUUGGAGGCUUAUCACAGUUUGCAACGGAAGACAGCCUAGCAGAAGCGUUCUCUCGUUACGGCCAAGUAAUAGAAGCUACGAUCAUCACGGAUAAGGUGACCAACAGACAAAAGGGGUUUGGCUUCGUGAAAUUUGCUUCCGAGGAAGAAGCCAAUAACGCGAGGGAAGAGAUGAACGGCAAGGUACUGAAUGGCCGUGUGAUCUACGUCGACAUUGCAAAGGCCAAACUGGACCGGGAUGUAGAUGCCCUGCCAAUAGCGAGAGGCCCUCCUAAGCCAAUUGGCAACGACUGAAAAAGAAUGGCCUGGUGUGUAGACUCCAUACUUCUCCUCUGCUCCUCUCUGCUGUACUAGUUCACUCCUCAUAUUCGGAAGCUCUAGAUAUGGAGUGAUGUUUAAUAAUGUGUCGAGGUUUUGCGAGAAUACAAAUCAAGUCCACUUAAUAAAUAUAGUACUUGUGAGAUGUUUGUCCGGAUCA